AUGUUCCGGCCUUCGGCAUCACGACUUGUUCGACUAUGCCGCCCACUCGUCUUCGGUGCCGCCAGCGGCCCCGUGGCUCCAAGAAAUGCCUUCUCGACAACAAGCUGUAGAAGGAUCAUGGAGAAAACAGGCUUCACCGAGAAUCAGCUCACAGUUCGAGAAGCAAUCAAUGCGCUCUGCUUGCAGUUCCCAAACACAUACUGGCAGGAGCACGACCAAGCGGAAACGGACCCAAAAGAAUUCCACACGGCGCUUGCACAAGAUGGCUGGCUGGGCAUUGCACUUCCCGAGGUGUUCGGGGGCUCAGGGUUGGGGAUAUCGGAGGCGACAAUGAUGAUGCAGACCAUCACAGAGUCAGGCGCCGGCAUGGCUGGCGCCCAGGCUAUCCACGCAAACGUGUAUGCAACGCAGCCCCUCGCACGAUUCGGCUCGGAAGAACAGCUCAAGACGAUCCCGAAGAUCGUGACAGGCCAGUGGCGCGUCUGCUUUGGCAUCACGGAGCCAAAUGCUGGGCUUGAUACGUUACGCCUGUCUACUUCUGCCGAGAAACUCGACGAUGGUUCAUACAACAUUACAGGACAGAAGAUUUGGAUUACGUGUGCACAGGUUGCAUCGAAGAUGAUCUUGCUAGCCCGCACAACACCGCUCGACCAAGUGAAGAAGCCUACUGAGGGGUUGUCCUUGUUUUACAUCGACUUAGAUCGCAAUCAGUCUGGGCUGGAUAUGCGAAAGAUUAAGAAAAUGGGAGGACGCGCGGUAGACGCAAACGAAGUCUUUUUCGACAAAUAUCAUAUCCCAGCCGACUCACUCAUUGGAGAGCAGGGCCAAGGUUUCAAGAUUGUGCUUCACGGCAUGAACGCCGAGAGGUGUCUACUAGCAGGAGAAGCCCUCGGCCUUGGGUACGCUGCGCUAGCUAAGGCAAGCAACUACGCUCGAGAUCGUGUAGUAUUCAAGCGGCCUAUUGGUAUGAAUCAAGGAGUUGCUCACCCACUGGCUGAUGCAUAUAUGCGAUUAGAAGCGGCGAAGUUGGCAACUUAUCAUGCUGCUCGUCUAUACGAUGUCAACACUCGAUCUGCCGACAAGUCCAUUACUCAAAGUGCAGUGGGCAUUGCAUGCAAUAGCGCGAAGUAUUUGGCAGCUGAAGCCGCCUUUACCGCCUGCGAGAGGGCAGUGCUGACACAUGGUGGUAUGGGAUACGCCAUGGAGUACGAUGUUGAGCGAUGGUUUAGAGAGUGCUUGGUUCCCAGGAUAGCACCCGUCAGCAGAGAGAUGAUCCUCAACUAUAUCAGCGAAAGGGUGUUGGAGCUCCCGCGCAGCUACUGA